AUGGAGCGUGCUGUUCCGCAACCAGUAGUAAUCCAAUCCCCACAUUCGGCAGCUCGAAAUCAACCCCAUAAAAAGUUCGAUUCGAGUGACAAAGCCACAACCCCGAGCGGGUGGGCUGUUCAGCAGCCAGCAGGGAUUUACACAGAUUGUAUUGCUGGGUACCUGGAGCAAUGGGACCUACCCUCGCGCCAGUGGCUAGCGGUGACGUCGAUCCUGCUGAUAGCGGGUGCCGCCGGGGUGGCCGUCCCGUUUGCCUUGAAGGUUUCGGCCGGGGCCCCGCUCGAGGAACGCAUCCAGGCCGCCACCCAGCUGCUCGACACAGUGCCUUUAAUCGACGGACACAACGAUCUGCCGUGGAACAUUAGGAAAUUUUUACAUAAUCAACUCAACGAGUUCCGGUUCGAAGACGAUUUGAAGCAGAUAUCACCAUGGUCUAAAAGUGCUUGGAGUCAUACCGAUUUGCAAAGACUGAAACGAGGUCGAAUAGCUGCUCAGUUUUGGGCCGCGUACGUGCCCUGUGAGGCGCAGCACAAGGACGCCGUGCAGAUCACGCUGGAGCAAAUUGAUGUAAUUAAAAGACUGACGGAACGCUACUCACCACAUCUAACGGCAUGUGCAUCAGUUUACGAUAUCGUUCAAGCGCACAAAAACCAUCAAAUGUGUUCACUAAUUGGAGUCGAGGGAGGGCACUCGCUCGGCGGUUCGCUGGGUGUCCUGCGGAUUUACUAUGCGCUCGGCGUUCGCUACAUGACCCUGACGUCCACCUGUCACACACCGUGGGCGGACUCGAGCAACGCCGAUGGUCCCAAGUACGACAUCAAGCACGGUGGCCUCACGGCAUACGGCAAGACAAUCGUCCGGGAGAUGAACCGCCUCGGCAUGAUAGUGGACCUAUCGAAGUCCUCCGUGGCAACCAUGAAGGAUGUGCUGGCGACCUCGCAAGCACCGGUCAUAUUUUCCCACUCGUCGGCCUACGCUCUGUGCAACUCCAGCCGGAACGUGCAGGACGAGGUGCUGCAGCUGGUGACGAAGAACCGUGGCCUGGUGAUGGUCAACUUUUACAAUAAAUUUCUCAGCUGUACCGAAAACGCCACCGUCGAGGACGCUGUCGGUGAGUAUCCUAUCUGUCUCUCUGUGUAUAGUUGCCUCUUGUUUUUUUUUAUCUACUUCCACCACCAGUCAGUGUGUUGUGUAUUUGUGUUGCGGGGGACGUUAUUGCUUGUUUUGCUAAAUAUAUAUGACAUCGGUGAGAUGGUAACAGCUGGUCUGCAAAAGGGUAACAGGCAAAAAUCAAAAAUGGAAUAAAAACAUGU